UUCAACUACUCAAGCAGUACUCCAUAUUGUAUUCCACUUCCAUUGCCUUAUCUUUCGAGUCAAAAGGCGAUGGAAUCUCCAAAUUUUAUCAGGCCUCAUGCCAUGAUGAGUUGCUGGUACAAUUAUUUGGGGUAGAAAAAUUGAAGUUUUUGACUUGUCAUAUGCCAAUUUUAAAAGUUCAACAUUGCUUUGACCACACAUACCCAUUUAUGUACAGUAAUAAUGAGAGUAUAUAAUCAACCAACAGUUACCAAUAAUACCACUACAAUACAAAAACAUUCAUUUCUCCAUAAAAAAAAAAGUCCCAAAUUUGAACAAAGAAGAUUAAAACUGCUAAAAUGCACACUACAAAAAUAUCAGAAGAACCAAAUUCUAACAAUGGUGCUAAAUUCAUGCAGCCCCUCAUCCCUGGUUUCCUCAACACCUUUUCAAUUCCAGUGUCGUAUAUGGAGUGUGUAGAGAUGGAACUACACGGUCAUCAACCAGAGGGCGUGGCGCUAGUCACGGACGAUAACCACCAUUGGGCCGUAAAACUCGAAGGCGGCCGGCGUUUCGGGGAUGGUUGGAAGGAAUUUUGUGAGCACAAUGAGUUGAGUGUUGGUAAUUUUUUGGUAUUUACACAUAUAUCUAAAUUGAUCUUCAGCGUUACUGUGUAUGAUCCUACUACUGCGUGUGCGCGCCAAUUUAGUAACGGGAUAGAAAAGAGAGGAAACCCAAUGGAAGAAGAUGAUGCUGCAACGGCACAAGUACCAUCAGCUGAAUCCAAAUAUCCGACCUACAAUGUCACUCUCAGUCCUACUGUCAUUAAUAAAGGUCAAGCGUAUCUUCCGAAGGGCUUCGUAAAAUCAAGCGGUCUAUUAAAUAGACAAUGUUACAUGAAGCUUAUAGAUGGGAAAGGAAAGGCUUGGACAGUGAUGCUAAAGUACAAGAAAAGCAAUGGUCAAUCCUACAUUGGUCAAGGAUGGAAAGAUUUUCAAAUUGCAAACGGCCUAAAGCUCGGACAUAACAUCGUCUUUCAGUUCCUUCAGGAUGGGGAAAUGCCUGUCUUAAAAUGCUUUCAAUUUCCGAAGUCGCCUUAAUUAUUCCUAUAAAUGCAUGUUACACUUGCUUGUUUUGUUCGUACCGUCCUCUAUAUAUAAUGUCCAAUCUACGCUUACACAUAAUAAUUCGAGAAUAUAUCGAUUUAUAUAAAUAUUUUCUUGAGGGAAUGAAGUUGACUCGAUCAUUCAAAGCCUGUUGAACUCUGAUUAAUUCGAAUUUGAACCACGUCAAACUCCAAUUGGGGGUAAAGUUUUCAUUACAAAUGUUGUUGCAUUCUUGAAGCUUGAUUUUCUUAUUUUUGGUGCAAAUAUGUUAUAGAUUAAUUAAUAAUAGAGGUGAUGUUAUAAUUUUAUAUCUAAAAUCUAAUAGAAGUUAAGCAUAACACAUCUCUUAGCCUAGAUGCACCUAGUCAUAGAACCACCAACAUAGCCAACUAAUUUCUUUUUUUUGGAAUUGGUC